AUGGAAGGUUUUGAAGCAAUUCCAUCCAGUGAGAUACAACAGGAGUGUCCGAGGCGCGACGCUGUUGAGGAUGGUAUCUUGCUGCCCAUCCUGGUCUCGUCUAUGGUCAGUCUAUACUUUCUGGAGUGGACAGAUGUGUUCAAGCCAGUGAGGUCUGGCUUCAACUGCCACGACCGCAGCCUGAGCCUUCCCUACAUCGACCCCAAUCACGAGGUGAUCCCCCUGCUGAUGCUGCUCAGCCUGGCCUUCGCUGGACCCGCCAUCACAAUAAUGAUCGGAGAGGCCAUCCUGUUCUGCUGUCUUUCUCGGAGGAAGAGUGGUGCCGGGGCCGAGGCCAACAUCAAUGCUGCUGGCUGCAACUUCAACUCCUUCAUCCGCAGAGCCGUCCGCUUCGUUGGCGUUCAUGCCUUCGGUCUUUGUGCCACGGCCCUCAUCACCGACGUCCUCCAACUGAUGACAGGUUACCCAACACCCUACUUCCUUACUGUGUGUAAACCCAACUACACCACUCUCAAUGUCAGCUGUGAGCAGAACCCCUACGUCAUGGAGGAUAUCUGCUCAGGGGCUGACCCUGCAGCCAUCAACCAGGGCAGAAAAUCCUUUCCGUCGCAGCACGCUACUCUUGCAUCCUUUGCAGCCGUAUAUGUUUCGAUGUACUUCAACAGCACGUUGACGGACUCAUCCAAGCUUCUCAAGCCCCUGCUGGUCUUCUCCUUCAUUAUCUGUGCCAUCAUUUGUGGUCUGACCCGGAUUAUUCAGUACAAGAACCACGCCAUUGACGUCUACCUGGGCUUCCUACUUGGAGGAGCUAUUGCUGUCUACCUGGGGUUGUAUGCAGUUGGAAAUUUUCAGCCUAGUGAGGACGCCUGUGCCAACCCCCCUUCACUGCUACACCGCCCCCCCUGCUCCUUGCCACACAUAAGCCAAGAGGCCAUACUCCACCACCUGCAAAUGAAAGCUACCGUGACCGGGGAGCCUGGCAUACCCACCUCCCACUCUGAGGGCCUCCUCCACCGAGGCCUUCAACAGCAGAGACCUAAUGAGAGUCUGAAGUGCUCCAGUGCAGAUGUGGAAGUGAUCUCCCCUCGCAGCCCUCAGAGCAAAGAUGCCAUGAUGACAUUUAGCCACACACUUCCUCGGGUCCACACCCCACAGGCCAUGGCAGCUUAUGAGGAAGCAGCCAGACGUCACGCUGCCACUCUCCACCAUGCCUCCAUGGACUCCAGCCGCUCAAAGCAGCUUCUGUCUCAGUGGAAAAGUAAGAACAACAAUCACAAAUGCUCCCUGCAGGUCCCAGACUCCUUCUCCUCCUCUAUAGACUCGUCAUCUGGCCAGUCCUCCCAGCAUCCGCACCACCAUGGCAGCAUGGAGCUCCGAUCCAGCUCUGAGCCAUCGGCUAUGGGCCUAAAUGGAGGCUUUGAGGGUCAUGCGUACAUGUCCAAACUGGCCACAGGUGCUAGUACCACCCUGCCCAGUAACUGUAGUGGCAUCACCGGAGGGGCCAGGAUAUCCAUGCAAUCAAGACCUGGGUCUUCACAGCUGGUCCACAUACCAGAAGAAGCUCAUGAGAAUUACAACACCACCUCCCCAAGGACGGGGGGAGGAGGAGGGAGUGAAGGGAUGUCAACAUUAAACAGCACAGUUCAGGCUAACUGGCAAAGGGCAGCAGAGAAGACUGCAGCCUGCAGGACUAAUGAUAAUGGGCAGAACACGCAGCCCCGAAUCAUGCAAGUGAUUGCUAUGUCCAAGCAGCAGAGCCUGCUACAGAUACAUUCCAAGAGCUUAGAUGAGAGCAGCAUUGGGUGCAGCACCACCGGGAGUGGCCAGGGCUCUGCUCGCUACAGGGUGCUAACCGAUCAGGACCCCACUAGCACCACAGGGCCCAGCUCACUGGGUAGUACCACAGGCAGUAUUUCAGGGAGCACGGGAGCAAUUGUCAGAGUAGAGGCUCACCCUGGAAACAACAGGCCUGUGAUCCAAGCUCCGUCUACAGAUGGAAGCGGAUCAUGGAGGUGGCGAUCCCUCGAUCAUGGAACUGGAGCUGGUGGAGGACCAGGGACUAGUGGAGCAGGAGGAGAAUCAGGAGGAGGAGGUGGGAGUUUGAGGCAGUCCUUUGAGCUAAAUGAUCUAAACAGAGACUCAGAAUGCUCAGAUUCGAUACGUGAAGGGUCGAUUGACAGAAAGCGUGCUAAUCACAUCGUUACAACCACUGCCACCGUCAGCACCCCACCCAUAGUUACUGUUCACACCCAGAACACCAACCAGUCAGAGCAGAGGCUUCAUCCCCAGGGCCUCUCUACCAUAAGGGUCACUCCGGGGGAUGGUAGUGGUCCUGGAUCUGGAGGAGGAGGUGGUGGAGGAGGUGGAGAGACGGCUUCGGAAACCCCCUCGGUCGCCUCCAGUCGUGAGUCCACACUGCGGAGAAAAGGCAAUAAUAUCAUCCUGAUUCCAGAGAGAGCCAACAGCCCUGAUAACGCACGGAACAUUUUCUACAAGGGAACAUCGAUAACUCCAGUUUUCAAGGACUAAUGUACUAAAUGACCGGAGACUUCUGAGAAGAUGUAGCUAAUAAUGUAAGACAGCUGGAUUUUCAGUGAACCCCAUAUCUGUGAUAACAGUCAUUAUUGCCUGCCAUUGUAUAUAUCAUGAUAACUUCAAAAGAAAAGGUUUUAUUCAGCAUGAGAUUUUUGUACGUGUUUACACUAAAUCACAACCUUUUAAGUAUAAUAAUCACUGUGUACUCCUGAGGAAAUCUAUUGUAAUGUCAAUGCUGUGCCAGUGCUUUGGGGACAGGAGAACCUUUUUUAAACAGUUCCAUAUGUUUUAGA